UGUUGCCUUUUGGUUGUCCUAACUGACUCCUGAGUGUGUAGGCCAGGAUACCUUCGCUUUAUUUUAGUUGUAACUUGUAACCAUUUCUCUUCCUUCUUUCUUCAUUCAACAGUUUGUUUGUUUUUUCUCUUUUUAAAUCUUCCUUGUUCUUCUCCUUCGUCUUAAUUUGCCUAUCAUUUAUAUACCUAUUGGAAGAGAACAGCUGAAUUCACCAUCUUUCCUUGUCAUUGCCUUCUCACGGAUUCCCAAAGGUCCUUCUGAGGUCACUGUCUCGUCUAAAGAGAUAAAGUGCCAAUGGAAAAACCAGCAACCCAGGCUGCAACCUGUUGUAAACCCUUGACCACAUUUGUGCAAACAGACUCAGAUGCUUUCCGAGAGGUUGUGCAGCGGUUAACAGGCCCAUCUGAGAGUGAUGCAGCACAAGAAGGUGCAGCUAUGAAGGUUCCAGGCUUAAAGAGGCCAACUUCUAAACUCCAUGAAAGAAGGCAAUACAUGAGGCCCAAACUUGAGAUAGUGAAACCCCCAUUGAGUUUUAAACAUGCUACAUCACCAUCAAGAUCAGGAAACUCUGGUCUUCUCACAAGUCCCGUGGGCACUCCAUCAACAAUUUUCUCCAUGCUAUCCCUGCUAGAAGAGGAAAACAGAGAAGAAUCAGCAAAAGGUGAAUUGAACACAGAAGAAGAAGAAAAAGCUAUCAAAGAGAGACGUUUUUAUCUGCAUCCAUCACCACGGUCAAGAGCAGCAAAAAUGGAACCAGAAUUACUUGAUUUGUUUCCAAUAACAUCUCCAAGAACAAAUGAUAAAGCAUGAUUUUACUUUUUCUUUUUCAGGAACUAAUCAUACCUUUUACUUAUACUAAUAAAACUUGUAAAUCUAUUUGCCUCAUCAAUGGUCUUUGAUGUCAUGUCUGAAUUUCCGAUGACAAAUGCAUGAUAAGGAUUAUAAAAGCUAAAUGCUCUUCAAAAUAACAAUAGAAGUAGAGUGCAGGUCAAAUGCCAACUAGAUGCAUUUACUGAUCUGUGGGUCAUAAAAGCUACACUCUCUUCAACAUAGCAAGGUGUAAUCUGUUGUCCAUCAUACCAUAUUUCCCUUCUCACUGCCAUUAUGAAUUAUGGAAAUAGGUAAUCAAUAUUUUUUAGUAUUUCAAUUGCAUGAUAAACUUUUUAAGUGUUAAGAGAGUGUAUCGUUGAUGCUACAUAACAGAUACGUAAAUAACCAUGACGAAAAGUAAUUCAAAGAUGGUUCUUAAUCUGAAACAGAGGUGGAAUUAAAGAAGAUAUUGGUGAAGAAGAAAAGAUAUGAGCUUCACACCUAGGGUUAAGGCUUAGAGUUGCUUCAUAGAAUCCCAAAGAAAGCAUAAAAGGCAAAGAAUAAAAGCAGCUGAAGUUGUCAUAACAGAUACUCUAUUAACUAAAGGAGUUCCAUAAUAUUUUAUAGAGUUCUAGUA